UGUCAUCCAAAACUUAACUUUUUUCCUUCUCUUUCCUUUCAAUUCCUUCCACCUUCGCUCUCUCUUUCCCAUUGAACCAAACCCAAAAUAUUCUCUCCUCUCUUUUCACGCCGUUUCUGUUUUCUCUCCAUUUCACUCUUUUAUCUGUUUCAAAAACACUAAAGCCACCCACAACAAAUUCGCUUCCUCUCUCACUUUUGGAUUCUUUUCUUUCCUUCAAAUCUCUCCAAACUCAUAUCCCACCUUUUAAUUCCAUACCCCAACUCCUUCAUCUUCAGAUUUCCAUAAAUUCACCCCAAAGUUUCAGUUUUUUUUUUUUUUUUUUCAUAUCAUACCCGCUUUAUUCUUAACCAAAUAAUUUUCUGAAAAUUUCUACACUGCAAGUGAAGUGAGUUACUGAGUCCAAAAAUGGAGAAGUAUGAGCUCGUGAAGGACAUUGGAUCCGGGAAUUUUGGUGUGGCCAGGCUCAUGAGGAACAAGAACACCAAGGAGCUUGUUGCAAUGAAGUACAUAGAGCGUGGCCGCAAGAUUGAUGAGAAUGUGGCACGGGAGAUUAUUAACCACAGAUCUCUUCGCCACCCUAAUAUUAUUCGCUUCAAGGAGGUGGUUUUGACUCCAACACAUUUGGCAAUUGUGAUGGAGUAUGCAGCUGGUGGUGAGCUGUUUGAGAGAAUUUGCAAUGCGGGAAGGUUUAGUGAAGAUGAGGCCAGAUAUUUUUUCCAGCAGCUUAUCUCAGGAGUCAGCUACUGUCAUUCAAUGCAAAUAUGCCAUAGAGAUUUGAAAUUGGAAAAUACUUUGUUGGAUGGAAGCCCAGCACCACGACUGAAAAUCUGUGAUUUUGGUUACUCUAAGUCAUCUUUGUUACAUUCAAAGCCCAAAUCAACAGUUGGCACUCCAGCAUAUAUUGCACCAGAGGUUCUUUCUCGCCGAGAAUAUGAUGGCAAGUUGGCGGAUGUAUGGUCUUGUGGAGUGACUCUUUAUGUUAUGCUGGUGGGAGCAUACCCAUUUGAAGACCAGGAGGAUCCAAAGAAUUUCAGGAAAACUAUUAAUAAAAUAAUGGCUGUUCAGUACAAGAUUCCUGAUUAUGUUCACAUAUCUCAAGAUUGCAAAAAUCUUCUUUCCCACAUAUUUGUCGCAAAUCCAGUCAGGAGAAUCUCCAUCAAAGAGAUCAAGAACCAUCCUUGGUUUUUAAAGAACUUGCCAAGGGAACUAACAGAGCCAGCUCAGGCCAUCUACUACCGGAAAGAAAACCCAACGUUCUCCCUCCAAACCGUUGAAGAAAUUAUGAAAAUUGUUGAGGAAGCCAAAGUUCCACCUCCAGUGUCCCAAUCCAUUGGAGGCUUUGGCUGGGGAGGAGAAGAAGACGGUGACGAGAAGGAAGAGAACACUGAUGCUGAGGAAGAAGAUGAGUAUGAGAAGAGAGUGAAGGAGGCACAAGCAAGUGGAGAAGUUAAUGUCAUUUGAAAGGAUUAAUUUUAUCACCCUUUGCAAGUCUAGAAUUUUGUGUCUGCAAUAUCUGUACUUACAACAUGGUUGAUAUAUAGCCAUUUCUAUAGAAUGUUGUUCAAUAAAUGUAUGUAAAUUAGGUGUGUAUUGAUCAUGAAGAUUGAGUAUUUUAUUCGCAAGAAGUGAGCAGUUUGUGUUUGGAGCUUGACCUUGGGAAGCAUUAGGAUUUGAAGUUACUUGUGAGAGUUUUGAGUUGAGUUAAACUUAGAUUUAGCAUUAUAAAUUUGAAGGGGUUUGUCUGAUUCUAGUUAACAGUGAAAAGGAUGGUGCUGUAUGAAGUAGUUGGUCUGUAUGGGGUUUCAACCCUUGUCAAUGAAUUUUCCUUUUUGGUGUUA